CCGUGUUUUGCAUAAGCUAUUGUGUACUCCAGAUUUCUCACACCCAUGAUUUCUGCGUCUCCUAACCACGUGGACGAUUUCCUUGACCAAACGGAAUCCUAAAUGGUGGCAACAGAUCAGACGUACUCGCGAACACCAACCUUCAACGUGCAUUCUAACGCAUCACCUGACGAGGACGAUGAUUUAGGAAACGACUGCUGUGCAAUUUCAAAUGACCCUCUUAUAUAUGGCCCAGGACGAGGGAGCUGUAUUCUGGCGACAGCGAUGCUCGUUAUCUUUAUCCUAAUGGUUCUCGCUGGUACACUGGCAACAUUGAUUCAUUACACAGCCGGCAUCGAAUUCGACACCUAUAACAGAGGCCGUGUCGUCGGUCCUUUACUCCUCGGUCUGAGCACCAUUCCUCUACUAUGCGUGUGUUUGUGCAUGUGGCAAGCGAGAAGUAGAGUGGCAGCAUAUGUGGAACAGCAGAAGUUCGCACACGCUGCGGAAGAGCGGGCCACAUAUCGUCAGUAUCAGGCCAGACUGGCACGUGAACCCGGUCAAUAUAGCCAAAUGGCAUACUCUGGUCACCGACAACAUUUUGGCUGAGCCACUAUGCCAAUAAGCACCGUCGGGGUAAAACACACUGAUCGCUUUCUGCGACGCCGUUGUUCAUAUAUUGUCUGUAGCCAAUGACACGGCCUCAUUCCAUUCCGUUUCACUGUGAAAUGUCCUGUUUCCCUUUGUCCUAUGAGCAACAUCAGAUUUCCACUUCAACACACACUUCAGUAGUUUUUG